ACACAACGUAAGCGUCGUUAGACAAGUCAACAAAAGCAAGCUCAGCUAAUGAAGAGUGGAACGUUGCACUUCCAACUUCAACUCCACCUCUCCAUUCUAUCACUCGCCAUGGUUUUUCUCAAGAUAUGGAGACAAACGGCUUUUUCUGUUUUUGGGUACCUAAGUUUCACCAAAGCUGGUUUCCUUGAUCAUUCCAAGAACUUCAGACCAGAGGACAUGGAAGUACAAAUACCUGGGAAGAAUUGCAUUGUUACCGGUGCUAACUCUGGAAUUGGCUAUGCAACGGCGGAGGGUCUUGCAAAGCGUGGUGCAACUGUCUAUCUUAUAUGUCGUAAUAAGGAGAAAGGAGAGGCUGCUCUUUCUGAAAUUCAAACUAGAAAUGGCAACCAAAAUGUUCAUUUGGAGAUUUGUGACCUUUCUUCUGUCAAUGAGAUCAAGUCAUUCAUUUCCAGGUUUUCAGAAAGAAAUGUGCCAGUUCAUGUGUUGGUUAACAAUGCCGGCAUACUUGAGCAAAAUCGAGUCACCACACCGGAAGGAUUUGAGUUGAACUUUGCCGUAAAUGUAUUGGGAACUUACACUAUGACAGAAUUAAUGGUUCCAUUACUAGAGAAAGCUUCACCUGAUGCCCGUGUCAUUACAGUUUCUUCUGGUGGAAUGUAUAUUUCUCCUUUGACCAAAGAUCUACAGUAUUCAGAGAGCAACUUUAACGGGGUUGAACAGUAUGCUCGGAACAAGCGUGUUCAGGUUGCCCUAACAGAAAAAUGGGCCAAAACAUAUGAGAACAAAGGGAUAGGAUUUUACUCAAUGCACCCAGGCUGGGCUGAGACUCCUGGGGUUGCAAAGAGUUUGCCAAGCUUCUCAAAGUUGUUUUCAGGGAAGCUUAGAACAAGUGAAGAAGGUGCAGACACAGUCAUAUGGUUGACAUUACAACCAAAGGAGAAACUGGUGUCAGGUGCAUUUUAUUUUGAUAGAGCUGAAGCUCCAAAGCACCUUACAUUUGCUGGUACCAGUGAUUCUAAUGCUAUUAUUGACUCUGUUGUUGAUAGUCUUCAUUCCAUGGCUUCUCUUUUUGGCUAAUCAUGUAUUUUUUGUCGUGACAUUAGACAUCUAGUGGCACAACAAUAUAACAUUUAUAUAGUUAGUGGGUUGAUAUAAAUUGUUUUCAGCAAUAAACUAAAUUCAACCAAACCAGACUUUUGAGAUGCAAAAACUACUUAAUUUGGAUGAAUUCCUUUGUUGUUUCA